AGCAACCGUUCAGUAUCGUCCCAAAUGAAACGCAAAAAGGUCAAAAUAUUUUCUCUCGUGUAUUUUGCAUUUAUAUGGACAUAAAAAUGGCUUUCUAGUUUGCGCGCAAACACAACACAAGCACGAACAGUGCCCAAAACACACAAAGUUAUGAAAAUGUUAACAAAAAACUUUGCCACCAUGGCGUCCUCACAACAACAAAAACAACCGCAGCAACCAGCGUUCAUCACAUUCAUUGAACCGUUUUCAAUAUAUUCCAAAUAUAUCCCGUUAAGCUUUGAUUCAGAUUUGACAUCAUCCUAUGACCACCAACAGCAAAAUACCAUUGACAAUGGAGAGUUUAGAUUUACCUCCGGAACUAUAUUGGGAUCCCAAGAUGGAGCCAGCUUCGCCGCCAUCGGUGGUGGCCGGCGAGCUCUUUGCGCUUGAUGAUCCAACAGCAACCUUUCUCUAUGACGAUAACUUUGCAAAUGGCAUUACGCUUUUGAGCGUGGAGGAGGCGGACUCUUUGGAGAAGGCUGCGUGCAUAGGGCUGCUCAGCGAUGAGGAUUUAGUCGUGGAAUUCAUGGAUAUGAAGGAUGAAGAGUGCCUCCUAGACCAAAAGGCGUCGCACUACAUUGACUAUGAAACAACAAGCUUUCCCCAGCAUCUCGAUGUGGUGCAGCAGGAUAUGCUACCCAUAACCAAAGUGCAGGUGGCGAAUGAAGCAAAUGCUAAUGAUUUUCCACACGGUGAUUCCUCGAUGAUACUACAACAAUUGACGCCGCCGCAGUCGCCGCCACAAUUCGAGGCGCAACAACAACAGCAGCUGGAGGUGCCUUUGAAGCAAGAGUCGAAGCAGCUGCAAUAUGCCACGGACGCUACAGCAACACCAGCCGGUGCGGCCGAUGGCUUCAACAACUGGGUGCCCGUCAGUGAGAUCAUACGCGAAACACAGCUGGUUGACGACAUUGUCAAUAUGCGCGCCAAGGAGUUGCAGCUGCCCUGGCAUCAGCAAUACAAUGAUGACUGCGAAUCGCAGGCAUCCUCCACACUGUGCAGCAGCAGCAGUAGCAGUAGCAGCAGUAGCCCCAGUCCGAGCAGCAGCUUUGCUGAUGCGGAUGAAGAUUGGCUCCCGGGCAGCAACAGCAGCUCACCUGCCCACACCAUCAGCGAGGAGCAGCUGUCAACAUCAACCUGCAGCUCAGCUAAGGCGGCCAAGAAGCGUACACGCACCUAUGGACGCGGCGUUGAGGAUCGUAAGAUACGUAAAAAGGAGCAGAACAAAAAUGCCGCCACACGCUAUCGUCAAAAGAAAAAGCAGGAAAUGGAGGAAGUCCUCGGCGAGGAGCAGAAGCUGUUGCAGGCCAAUGAAGCGUUAAAGCGCCAGCUAGCCGAGCGUCGCAAUGAAUCACGCUAUCUGCGUCAGCUCAUACGCGAGUUCUACAAGGAGCGCAAGCAAUAGAAGCAGAACACAACUGUUGCCUUUCAAGUUCAAAUACAAAUUUAUCUUUCUGCUUAGUUUAGCUAAAUGCCCUAUGCAAAGUUAUCGUUAUCGUCAUUGUCACGUUGCAAAUGCCCCCUCCCCCCCAUCCACCCACACACACAAUCAAUGCUGCAACAAAUGCAAUUUGAUAUCAAACAAACUUUAGCUGCCUGUCCUGUUCAGCAUUUCUAUUUUGGCACCUAUGACAAGUCGCCUUGCUGCGUCUUCGACAAACUCUUUGCCAGUGCUGAACAGUGGACAAAAA